AUGUCAGUCAGGAUAUUUGACCUCGAAGAAUGGCGCAUAUUGAAGGCCGCCCAACAUUUUAUGUUGAAGGCGGUUGAGAGCACUCUUGCUGACACGUCGAUACCAAGCCGACCAACCGGGAUCAGUGCCGACCGAAUUGACAAGCUGAGAUUUCUCCGUUAUGAAUUCAUGAAACUGGCAAUAUCAAUUGAAUUCGACAAGGAGAUUCAGCCCCAGGUCGCAGCCUAUUUCAAGCGUGAGACCUACAAAGUAUUCUCCUACCUGGAGACCGUUCUCGUCACCCAGCUGCUUUCCAGCCAACCUGCUAAGCAUUAUGAAUUCCCUGCAUUAUGGGAACUGGAAUACAUUUUCUCGUCAAGUGAAGGAAGAGAAACCCCGACGCUAAGUGCUUUGGUGGUUCUUCCGCAUCAAAACCUAGACAACUGGUUCGCCAUCCUAGAUAGCCUCACUGCCUUCAACAAAACAGCCGAGAAUCUCUUCUGGGCUCCUCCAAUGACAUCAGUGCUUUCUUUGGGAGAGACUCUGCCAAACACCCUCAGUGCAGGACUUGUUCGAAAGAGCGGGGUGGAAACCACGUUGGAAUGCCUCGAGGAACAUUUCUCAAAGUGUCCUCGCCAGCCUGGCCAUGAGCAUUGUAUAUUGCUUCAAGCAUCUCACAAGACAUGGAAUGCUGAAGACACCACUGAUACCAGUGACGCACUGUUUCUUUCUUCCUGUGCACACCCUUCUAUGUGGCAAGAAGCUGAGUGCUCACACCACGAGUCAGUACAUGUUCUCCUCAAAUAUGUGCAUCGAUGUCGAUGUCUUCAAACUCUGACCCUUAAUUUGAGCCAGGCGUUCGAAUGUCUGCAAUACAAUGAUCCACUUCAUCUCAUGACUUUGAAUAAUACGCUAUACAAACUUGAUGGAACUUGCGCUCCCGGAUUAGAAGCGGGUCCAAAAUGGACAAUCCAAUAUCUACUUGAUCAUCAGAUGUUAGUACCUUGGAGCGCGGGGGUUGAAUGGUCCCCGCCGUUAAAAAUACGGGAUAAGAGGGAGUUGGCCUUGAAUCUAGCCUGGUGUUUCGUACACUUGUUCGACUUCAAGUGGAUGGAAAACGGCUGGUCUGCAGACCGAAUCUAUGUCCUAUCUUCGACAGCCGAUAAUUCCGCCCCCAUGGUUACUGAAAUCCCUCCCUAUAUAACUUGUCAACAGCCGAAUAUGGAAGAACCCAAACUACAAGCAGAUAUGGGCAAACUUUUCACCGGGUCAGUUUUCUUGUCACUAGCAAAACUGUUGGUCGAGAUCGAAAUUGGGCGAAGCAUAAGCAUUGAAGAGAAGGACAAGUUUGAGAACCCCAGUUUGUGGCUGACCAUUCGGAAACUUAUCAAAGAAAACCAAUUAUCACUAGCCUGUGAUGAUUACAUUUGGGCUAUUGACGGGUGCCUUGAUCUUCAUAGGAACUUCGAUCGGUUGGUUCAGAACAAGCCCGAAUCAAGCCCAGGAGAGAUCAUCCAUAAGAAUAUCGUCGCGUAUCUCGAGAACGACUGGAAGAAUUAUCAAAGGAAAACCUUGAAAAGGCGUCGUAGUGAGCUGGGCCUUGAGGAACCACAUUCUGGGGUUAAAGAGUUGAAGAAGGCAAAAUUUGAAAUUUGCGUGAGCUCACAAGCCCAAACUCAGGACAAAGCAAUUCCUUCUACGGCUGAUAUCACUCCAAAGCGACUUAGGAGUCGUACCAAAUCCCUGGAGGUAGAUUACGAGCUCGAAAAGCGUUCAAUAAUUUCCAGAGAUUCUUUCAGUGUGGACAUACACUCGCCCCCUACCUGUCGGGAAGAAUUCGAAAUUGCGAUAAUUUGCGCCCUUGGGCAUGAAUAUACGGCUGUUGAGGAUGUGAUUGACCAGUUCUGGGAUAACGAUGGGGAUAAUUACGGCAAACUACAGGGCGAUCCAAACCACUACACCACUGGCCGCAUUGGACAACACAACAUAGUUUUGGUCCUUCUACCUGAAAUAGGGAAGGCAAACGCAAGCAGUGCAGCCAACAGCAUACGCCUCAGCUACACCGGUGUCAAGCUUGCGCUUGUUGUUGGGAUAUGUGGAGCGGUGCCCAAGAACGGGGAUGAGGAUAUCAUGCUCGGCGAUGUGAUUAUUGGUGAGAAGGUCGUUCAGCAUGACUUUGGACGGAGGUAUGGCGACAAAUUCUAUCGAAAAAGUCACAACCUUGGAAAGGCAAACAAGGAAGUCAGCAGCAUCACUGGGAAAUACAAGACGCCCCGGUCAAAGAGGAACGUCGAAAACCACGCUGCGGAGAUACUAAAAGACCUGCAGAGUAGGACUGCGGCGCAAGGCCGUCAGGGUGAAUACGAUGACCCAGGGUAUGCUUCAGAUAGGUUAUUCAAGCCCGACUAUCGUCAUCGGCAUACGGUCUCUCCAUCUUGCAUCUGCGCAAGCUGUCUCAAAGAUGCCGAUCCUACCUGUAGCGUGGCUCUCGUUUCAACAUGCAAAGAGCUUCAAUGCGACGAACAGGAGAUGAUUCAUAGGGAAUCACGAUCUUUACCUAUCAGGACCCCAAUCAUACAUAUCGGCGCCAUCGCAUCUGGAGACACCGUGAUGAAAUCCGGGAUCCAAAGGGACACCAUCGCGACCGAGCUGGGCGUCAUCGCUUUCGAGAUGGAGGGCUGUGGUGUCUGGGAGGAGUUGCCUUGUCUUGUGAUCAAAGGCGUAUGCGAUUAUGCGGAUAGCCACAAAGACAAGGUUUGGCAAAAGUUCGCUGCGGCAUCUGCUGCAUCGGUUGCCAAGGCAGUAAUACAUAGAUAUAUCAAAACUGACAAGGCCAGUGGAGGUUCGUCUCGGGGCAGUGAGCUCUCAAUGGGUGACAGGUGGGAGACCAAUACGAAUGGCAGUCAUAUUUAA